AUGUACAACGGACGGGCUGAUGUAGCACGGCGUGAGGCAGGAUCAGGACGACUGCGCCGGCCAAGUUGCGCUCGGUCCGGUACUUGUAAAGCUUCGCAAGGCUGGCGGCGUGCAGAUGAGAAACGGGCGACAAAGUGCGCAGCCAGUGAGGGGACGCGCGCGGUGGUACGGAGCGUCCAAGAACUGGCGAGACUGCCGGUCGCGCGCGAGGAAGGAGAAGAAAAAGACGGUCAAAGGCGAGGAGCUGGUUGUUGCUGGGAGCUGGAGGUGAGGUAA